UGCAGUCACAGUUACAAUCAUAUAUCUACUGUGGUUACAAGCACCGUAUCGCACACCGGCCACCGCUCGUUCCCUGUGUUAUUUGUGAUUACAGUUUAGUGGAAACAUGCGAUGUAUAUUUAAGUGGCUAGCCUAUUACGAGUAGAAUCUGUGAAUCCGGCAUUGUCUCAAGAGGUUAGAUAACAUUAAAAUAAAUUGCGGUGACAAUUCCGUUGUUUAUCAGAUUUCGCUCAGCGCGGGUUCAGAAGCGUACAGUCAGUAGUUCACGUUUUAACAAAAUUAGUAUCAAGAUGGUUGCCGAUUUUACGAAUAAAGUUGUGUUGGUGACCGGCGCGAGCGCGGGAAUCGGGGAGGCCAUCGCACUGUUGUUUGCGAAGCUUGGCGCCAAGUUGGCGAUCGUGGGCCGGGACGCCGGGAACCUGGGGAGCGUGGCCAAGCGCUGCCAGGCCGAGAAAGGCCUGGCCCCGCUGGCGAUCGUAGCCGACUUGGCCACGGAUGCCGGCUGCGACAAAACUGCCAAGGACACCCUCGUGCAUUUUGGAAGGCUAGAUGUGCUGAUCAACAACGUGGGCGUGGGGGCACGCACGUGCAUCCAGCGCGCCGACAUGGAGACCUUUGACCGCGUGUUCAGCACCAACGUGCGCGGCGUGUACAACCUCACGCGCCAGCUCGUGCCCGCGCUUAUCAAGAGCAAAGGCAACAUCGUCAACAUCUCUAGCAUCGCUGGCACCUGCGUGUCUGUGGGCAGUCUACCCUACGGCAUGUCCAAGGCGGCGCUGGACCACUUCUCGAAGCUCAUCGCGCUGGAGCUGGCGCCGCUGGGCGUGCGAGUCAACACUGUCAGCCCCGGCGUCACUAUAAGCAAGUUCGUGCAGCGUCUCACGGACUACACCGAGGAGCAGUACCAGGCGUGGCUGCAGGAGGCCUCGGGCUCCAUCCCGCUGGGGCGCGUGUGCUCGGGCGAGGACAUCGCCAAGAUGGUGGCUCACCUGGCCAGCGACGAGCUCAGCGCGCUCGUCACCGGCACCGUGGUGCAGGUCGACGGAGGCCUGCAAUACUCCAGCGUCGGCGGGCUGAUGCAGAAGCAGAUGAAGUAGCGCUUCAGUGCUUAAUAGAAAUUAUCAACUUAAAAAUGCAUUAUGAAUACAAUAAAUGGACCAAAAAUGUUGUUAAUUUAAAAACCUCUGACGGUUAGAAAAAUCUUAAACACGUCAUGUUGAACAUUAGUAUGAAUAAUUACAUUUCCAUACCAAACGAUAAUUAAAACAAGUGUUUAACGGGUGUUUAAGUUAUUGUAAUAAGCCCAUGAAAGAUUUAAUAUUUGUAAUCUACCUAUGGCCAAUCAGCUGCUGUUCAGUGCCAGUAUUGCUACAAAUGUCAUUCAUUUGAAUUCGGGAGCGGGAAAAAACGACAGAUUAACGUGGCGUGCGGAUGGUUAAUUACGCGCGCUUUUAGGCUUAAGAUUUUGGUUGUAAAAGAGGAAAUAAUAUAAAUCUAAGUUAAGUACA